GCUUGCAAGUUCAGAGUUGGCUGAGUUUGCUGCUGCGGAAGCGUUCUUCAUUGACAAACACACUUUUCAUAGAAUCACUUUCGCAGCAGCAGCAAUUCAGAUCAUUAAUCAUGGCAGCUCGCUCUUUCUCACAACAACUCAACCGUGUCCUCAAUGUCAAUGCUCUAUCCUUUCCUCUUCAUCGGAGAGGGUAUGCAGUGGCCUGUGAUGUUUCAGGGAGCAGGAAGGUGGUGGUGGAAGAGACCAAAACUGAUUCGGAGGCCUCAUCAUCAGCUUGGGCCCCUGACCCAGUAACGGGUUACUAUAGGCCCAUCAAUCGCAUGAAUGAAGUUGACCCGGUGGAGCUCCGAAACAUGCUCUUGAAUCCCACAGUCAGAAAAUCACAGUCAUCAUCAACAUCUCCCUGAACCCAAUUUAUCACAUUAUGCUGAUUUUGCUCUUGUUCUAUCUAUCUAUUUAUCAUAUCCUUGUUUGAUGACUAUCUCUACAAUUUUGUUUGAGUGUUUUCUUGAGAAAUUAAGACAAUUUUGAGGUA